GGCGAGACAAGCACAAGACCUCACACGCCUCAGGUGCGAGUGCAUGACAAGCCAUGGCAGAGCGUCGUCGCUAAACACGGCCCUUUUUCUCUUCUGCCUCUCGCUCGCGGCCGCUUCUCACGACUGCCACCGCCGGGCCCUCGUUGCUUGCUACACAGGGUGACAGGCAGCCCACGCCUCACCACCAUGGAGACAGGCAGCCUCCGCCAGGGCCUCGACGCCGACGACUUCUCGUCUGGCGGCACCGGUGCCCGCCUUGCACGCGCCGUCAUUAUUGUGGCAGGCGUCUGCGCUCUGAUCGCAAGUCUGGUCACUUUCGUUGCUGUCUGGUUACAAACGAAGAAUUACCGCAAGCCAGUGCUCCAGAGAUAUGUCGUUCGUAUACUACUCAUGGUGCCAAUCUACUCGGCCGCAUCAUGGGCUAGCCUGGUCUCGAUAUCGGCAGCAGCCUACGUAGAGCCCUUUAGAGACGUCUACGAGGCCUUUACCAUCUACACCUUCCUCCAACUGCUGAUCAACUUUAUCGGCGGCGAACGCGCCCUCAUCAUCCUCAUGACCGGCCGACCCCCCGUCUCCCACCUCUGGCCGCUAAAUCUUGUCUGCUCCAAGAUCGAUAUAUCGGACCCACACACGUUCCUUGCCAUCAAACGCGGCAUUCUGCAAUACACAUGGGUCAAGCCGCUGCUCUCGGUGGCCACCAUCAUCAUGAAGGCUACAGGGACAUACCAGGAAGGCUACAUUGGCUUGUCUUCGGGCUACUUCUGGAGCGGGAUGAUCUACAAUGUCAGCAUCACCAUCAGUCUGUAUGCGCUCGCCAUGUUCUGGGUGUGCAUGUCGACGGACCUCAAGCCUUUCCGCCCCAUGCCCAAGUUCUUGUGCAUCAAGGGUAUCAUCUUUGCUUCAUACUGGCAGGGUUUCUUCCUUUCGAUCCUCGUGUUCCUUGGUGCCAUACCCGAUGACGUACCUGGUUACAGUCCUGACAACCUUGCUGCUGCCAUCCAGGAUGCGCUCAUCUGUUUUGAAAUGCCUCUCUUUUCACUCGCUCAUUGGUAUGCUUUCUCAUGGCACGACUAUGCCGAUGCAACGAUUUCGGCUGCGAGGUUGCCUGUCAAGUAUGCCUUGCGUGAUGCUUUUGGUCCCCUCGACCUCAUCCAGGACACCAAGGAGACAUUUGCGGGCAAGCACUACGAGUAUCGGUACUUUGAUGCGCGCGACAAUGUCUUGGCGCAUGAACAGUCGGCCUCGAGGGCUGCGCGGAUGGCCGAAGGAAUGCGGUACGAAAGAGGAGGCAAAGGCAAGUACUGGAUUCCCAAACCUGGUCAGGGCUCAGAGCGCGAGCCCCUGCUAAGCAAAGUAACUUCGAGCCGGGCGAGAGCCAUGAGCCCCGGGCCACACAAAGCUCUGAACGGCCAAGGUGCCAAGUACGGUACGCCGGACAUCGUCGAAGAGCCUGAACUAGACAACGAAGAGGAGCAACUGUAUGAAAAUGCACGCGAGUUGGAGUUUGGCGACUGGAAUUACCCCGUCAUCGAGGCGCAUCGUCCCUCACGCGAGGAGCGCCUGUACGCAAACCCCAGCAUUCUGACAGCAUCAAGCAACCGACACUUGCUGCAACCGACCAAGGACAACAAGCGAAGGCGAAAGAGCCAGAUCCACGACAUACAAGAGUCUGUAGACAAGGGCAAGCAGCGUCGGGCAUCGAGCGUCGCGGAAUCGUCGCGCUCCAAGUCUCCGCAGUCGAAGUUGCAUGGACCAUUUGGUAGCCUUCUCCGGCAAAAAUCAUCGUCUUCAAGCUCUGCAAAGUCGGACAAGAGCCAACUUGUGGAUUUGGUGGUGGAAGAUCGGCAGGCUGAAGAAGUGGAGCGUGUGCGAGCGCGCAAGGAGGGAGGACCGGGAUGGAACGAAGUUCCUGCAAAGCACUUUGUGCACACGUAUCCCAAGGACGGGCAGACGGAAGAGGUGCGCGAGGGCUUCAAUCCAGACGAGGCCGAGGCACACAACCCGGAAGCUGAGCACAACCUGGACCGGCCUUUUACGGUGGAGGAGCAAGGCGAAGAGGAGCAGCGGCAGCAAGACAUCAAAGCGCACAUUACGAGUGAAGUCAAUCAUUGGGAAACACGCAACGUCAGCGGGGACCAGGGAGAUGAAGAGGACCGGCUCAGCCCCUCGUAUGGUAGUUUCAGAGAAGAGCGCAAUGCCUGGAGCCAAGACUGAUGACGGGGGAGGGUUGUUUGGUCGAGGCAGGCUGUUGAGAGGGCGCUGUACAGGACGUGGGAUGUGGUUUCAUUAUUAGGCUUAAUCUGGACAUGGGGAAAUGUUUCGUGGGCUUUGUUUGGUCGUCUGUUUGUUUUAUACCCGACAGUAAUCUCGGUGAGCACGCUACGCCACGGGCUGGGAAGACAUGGAGCUGGCGUGUGGCGUGGGCGUGGACAUGGUAGCGAUUUUGGUCGAGCGAGGGUUAGGGUGCCGUCUCAACAGCAAAG